CGCACCGUGCGUGUGUAGUCGAAGUACGCGUGUGUGCGUGUCCAUGCCGGAUAUCAACCCCGUGAUCAUCGGCGAUCUUCGCGCGACAUUACGAUCGGGGGAUAGAAAAAGAAUAAACAGGGGUAUAGUGUCGGAGAGAGGGGAAGAAGAAGAGAAGGAGGGCAGACGGGUGGACACGUCCGUCCCGUGAGAGAGAGAGAGAACGAAUGCAUGCGUGCGCGCGUACGGGAGAGCGACAUUAAACGAUAGAGAGGGCGAGAGAGAAAGGGAGACAGACGGAUACACAGACUGGCGGAAAGGGAGGGAAUCAGUUUCGCGUGAAGCGAGAGAGAGAGAGAGAGAGACGAAGGAAACAGCAGACGGCGGACCAGUCGGUGCCGUCAGGAGCGACGAAUUCGACCAGCGCUCCCUUUGUCCUCUGCGAGGGAAGGACGCAGGAGAGUCGGGAGCAGCUGGCACGGUCAUCCCGUCGUCGGCGGGCGACGUGCUGGCCGGAUUGAUGCCGACGGGACGACGACGCGACGUUCCGCGCAACCGUCGAGGCGCGGCCGUGCUCGCAUCGACGCCCGGUUCGAUUUUCGCGUAUACGCUUCGCGCUGUCGGGUGGACGUCGGCGACGACGUCGCGGUGCAUGGUGUUAUGUCGCCGCCGGUGGAGGCACGCGUGACUCGACGGUGCCGGUGACGAAAAGCGCGGCUCGAGUGGACGACCGGGGGAGGAGGAUGUGAGGCUCGGCCGCGAGCGGUCAGGAAGAAGAGAAGAGACGGGAGCCAGACGUGAGGGUCGCAAGGCGCACCGGGAAUCGUCGGCAGAUCGGAUAUCCUGCGGAAUCGGCGCUGUAAGAAAGCGGGAAGGCGGCGGACCGUUCGACAAGGAGGCGCGCGACUGUCGUGAUUCGCGAGUGCAUUCGGAGGUGUGCGAGGAGGAGGUCGUGUUGGAGGUGUCGGAGGCAACAGGAUACCGUACCUAUCACCGGGAGAGUAAGAGAGAUAGAGAGCUCGAAGACGUCGAGGACUAGGUUCUGUAUGGCCACCGGGAGGCGGGAAACAACACGUCUCUCCGCGAGGUGGUGGAAUCGAUCGACGACUCGCCGGACGGCAGCAGCGAUUUCGAGCAUCAUCGCGCAUCAAUCGCGCGGCCGCGACGAGGGCGUAGAAAAAACAACCGGGGGGUAUUCUCGGUUCGAAUGGAGCAGCGGCGACCGCGUCGACGACAGCGGAGUCGUCAAACUUGCGCCGGCCCGGUGCCAAUAACCUCCGUUAGCCGCGGAGGUAGUAGCCGCUUCCUCGCGCGACGAUGCGUUCGCCCUCGCACGCGCGACAGAUUGUAAAAUUAGAAGACGGACGUUCGACGGUGAGAGACGACCUCGUCGGGGAGCGACCGUCGUCGGAGAGUCGAAAUCGACUGCCCGGCCGAUUCAUUAGCGCAUCGAUCGAGGGUGUCGCGCGUCAACGUCCCGAGCGCUUUGGCGCUCGAUAGUUCCUGUCCGUCGGCUUCCGAGCCGAACCGUCGCGGGAGGAUCACGACGAAUUCUCGUCCCGCAACUUCUCUAGUCCGCUGCAUUUACGCGAGGCCCGCCGCACGACCCCGAGGAUAUUAUUAGAGGGAUUGAUCCGCGCACCCACGUGUGCGAACCGCUCCGUAGUUUCCUGGGGACGCCCACCCGUCCGGGGGCUGGUUGUUUCGUCGAGACUCCGGCGAGAGAGGGGCGAGUCCGUUCAACGAGAAGAGGCAGACAGAUAGAGGAAGAGAGAGGGAGAAAAAGAUACGAGACUGACGUGAUCUCAGCGCAAGGUGGAGGAAAAUCGAGGGAGAGUCGGCCCGUGCAUUGCCACCUCGAGGAAGCGCUCUCGUCCCGUCACGGCAGUAUGCCUCGCACCGACUUCCGGGUGUCCGGCGAACGCGCGAGGACCACGGGUAUCAAGGGGGAAGAGAGACACUGAUCGCUCGCUCGUGUCCCCGAUGACGAGAGCCUCGGACAGGACAGCUAGGCACGCGACAAACAGGCACAAAUGUUUAGCUUAGCCCUGUUGGCAAGCAUCAAGAUGCCCCUCUCCAAACCGAAUCCGUUCGUGCCGGGGAUCUCGUUCGUGCCGGCGACCUCGACGCAGGCAGCGUACAUCUCGAGCAGCGAGAGCAGCAACCACCUGCCGCCGAUCGUCAAGGGUACCGGACUGACCCUCAAGCAGACGGGCGGCGGUGGUGGCGAUCAUCCGGUGCCCUACAUCGGCUACCAGAACGUGCCGUGGAAGCCCGGCGACAGUCUGAGCCUGGGUCUGAGCUCGUACGCGAGUCACAACUCGCACUCCCAGCCGAACAGCCAGUCGAGCAGUCCGGUGGUGAAGAACGGCCGUUCCGAUGGCAACUCCAGCAGCGAACGCGCGCGCGGCGACGGCGGUGGAGGCGGAGGCGGUGGUGGUAGCGGCGGCGCUGUCGUUAGCGUCAGCAAGCCGAAGACGAUAACCGUCACGCCGGAGAUCGUGAUGAAGUUAUACAUGAACAAGCUCACGCCGUACGAGCACCACGAGAUCUUCAACUACCAGCAGAUCUACUUCAUCGGCGCGAACGCGAAGAAGCGGCCGGGCAUCAUCGGCCGGCCGAACAACAACGAGUACGACAACGAACAGGGCUCGUACAUCCACGUGCCGCACGACCACGUGGCGUAUCGUUACGAGGUGCUGCGGGUGAUCGGCAAGGGCUCGUUCGGCCAGGUGGUCAAGGCGUACGAUCACAAGACGCACGAGCACGUGGCGCUCAAGAUGGUGCGCAACGAGAAGCGCUUCCACCGCCAAGCGCACGAGGAGAUCCGCAUACUGCGCAAGCUGCGCGAGCAGGACAAGGACAACACCAUGAACAUCAUCCACAUGUUCGACUCGUUCACCUUCCGCUGCCACAUGUGCAUCACCUUCGAGCUGCUCAGCAUCAACCUGUACGAGCUGAUCAAGAAGAACAACUUCAAGGGCUUCAGCCUGCAGCUCGUGCGCAAGUUCUCGCACUCGCUGCUGCUCUGCUUGGACGCGCUCUACAAGAACAAGAUCAUACACUGCGACAUGAAGCCGGAGAACGUGCUGCUUAAGCAACAGGGACGCAGCGGCAUUAAGGUGAUCGACUUCGGCUCCAGCUGCUACGAGAACCAGCGGGUGUACACGUACAUCCAGAGCCGAUUCUACCGUGCGCCGGAGGUGAUCCUGGGUGCGAGGUACGGCAUGCCGAUCGACAUGUGGAGCCUCGGCUGCAUCCUCGCGGAGCUGUUCACCGGUUUCCCGCUGCUGCCGGGCGAGGACGAGGCGGACCAGCUGGCGUGCAUCAUCGAGAUGCUCGGCAUGCCGCCGCAGAAGUUGCUACAGACCUCGAAGCGGGUGCGGCAGUUCAUCAGCUCGAAGGGCUACCCGAAGUACUGCACCGCAACGGCGAUGCCGGACGGUACGACAGUGCUGAGCGGGGGUCUCUCGAGACGCGGCAAACUGCGGGGUCCACCCGGCUCGCACGAUCUUGAGCGCGCCCUCAAGGGCUGCGACGACGUGCUGUUCUUGGACUUUCUCAAACGUUGCCUGGUGUGGGACCCGGAGAACCGGAUGACGCCGAACAAGGCGCUGAGGCAUCCCUGGCUGCGUCGCCGGCUACCGAGGCCGCCGGGCGACAAGAACGACACGUUGCCGGCGGUGACGACGGCGCAACCGGCGACCACCGGCUCCACCCUGAGAACCUCCGCGUCCGGUAGCAGGAGCUCCAGCAAGACCAACAGCUUACAGAGCGGCGGCAACAACGCCGGCGGCGGAGGAGGAGGUGGCGGCGGUGGUGGCGGUAAGUCGAUCCAGGAGAUGUCCGCGAUUUCGGGCUACGCUUCGGGCUUCGUGGCUCCGCCGCAGUUGCACGGGUCCAACUGGUCGAAUCUGAGCGGUCAUCAGUCGCUGAACUCGGUCAGCGGCGGCAGAAGCUCCAGCAAGACCAACAGUCUGCAGGGCGGCAACGCGAACGACGACGGUCCCGCGAGCAAGACGAGGGAGCAGAGGGACCGCCUACUCGCGGAGGCGUACGUGGGCUACAGCUCGACGUACGUGAACCCGUCCAACUGGACGAACCUGAGCGGCCACCACUCGUUCAACUCCGUCGCCGGCGGCAGGAGCUCCAGCAAGACCAACAGUCUGCAGAGCAUCAGCACCGCGGGCGACAUCAUCUCCGCGAGCAAGACCGCUCAGCAGAGGGACCCGUUCUUGGGCUACGCCUGCGUGUCCGAGUCUCACCUGCACGGGAAUCACCGGUCGAAUCAGUCGAGCAGUCACCAGUCGCUAAAUUCCGUCGACGGCGCGACGUCCGGCAAGACACGCGCCAGCCGGCAGGUGCACCAGGCUCAGCAGCAGCAACAGCAGCAGCAGCACAACAAUAAUGGAUCGCACGGCUCGUCGCACGACAAUUACAGCUCCCACGGCUCCUCCGGCAGUUCCAGCCGGCUGGUGUUGGCGCUGCACCCGGCGGUGCAGGAGAUCCUCGAGGAGCUCAGACGAUAGGCCGAGACGUGCGGUGCCACCUUUUCUCGCCCACUACCGUCCCUGGCGCAGCUGCUGAGCGACCGACGAAGGCUCGCGCGAUGCCGCCGUAGACAGAGGGAGGUGGAUGAAGCGGAAGAGACGCAGGGAUAAGGAUGGUCCCGGUCACCCGACGUGAAACUCGGCUGUGGCGCUGCCUCCUGCCGUUCGGCCGAUGACCCAGGGUUCACUCAAGGUCGACCGUCUCAUCAUCGAUCUCUCGGAUACCGCUGUGAUUCACGCGUGCGUGUGCGCGAGACGCGAGCUGGUUCUAACCCGGCGAGUAGGAAGAUAUAAGAAAGAAAGAUCGGUGAAAAAAUCUUCCCCUGAACGACGUUAUUGAUCGACGUCACCGUUGCCCUGAGUAGCCCGCGUCGUUGACGCGGCCGUAAAGCGUGGAAUUUCUCGGCGGGGAGGCGACGGUGACCUCGAAACGUAAGGAAUCAUCGCCGGCGUCAUAACUGUCUCGCGCCUCCCGACGUACGACCUACGACACGGUACGAGACCGGUAGUCGAACCGUACACACCUUGCAGCUUGUCGUCGGCGACGACGACUUGCUUCGCGUUGCUCUCUGGCCCGCUCAUACUCGGCUCAUUUAUUCCUGCUGCCAUUGCUUCCGCUGGUGAAAAGAAACUCGCGGAGGUUGCCGCCCGCCUCUAGCUGCGGCUUCCGCUACGACAAUAUUUCGAGGGCCGCGAUAAGUCACUGCGAGAAUGCGGAACGGAUCGAAGACACCGGGUGGUUUUCAACCCGCUCUCGACGGCCGAGCGAAGUGUCGUUGGGGUUCUUUGCGACGUGCCCGCCGACCUGAGGUUUCCUCCCGAGGUCUCCUCCCGCACUCUCAUCCACGCUCGUUCACGCUCGCACCCGGUGUAUCUCUCACGUGCUCGUCCGAUAAAACGACGGAAAAGCGAAUUUUCGGAGUAACAACACGCUGCCCCGAGCCGUCAUCGAGUCUAACGAAUCCUCUAAUUGACACGGGACAAAUGUUAUGUAUAACAGUUAUCACGUUAAAUCGCAGGACGUAACCGUCGCUGAUGCGCGAACAAUCGGCUACUUCGUACUCGUCAUCGCGUCACGUCGUUGUAUCUUUCCAUCGAGUCGACGAAAACGACAACGGUAAAAAAAAUCAGGCCGAUCGCAAAUAUAAAUCAGCUGACGGCCAGUUCGGGUACGGCACGACCAGCGGAACCGACUGACAUUUCCAUAAAUUCCGAUUCCGAGAAUUAAGUAUGAUCAAUGCUACUUCGUCGUCGAUCAUUCCUCAUGGCCGCGGUGCACGACAGUAGUCUCGGGCAACUUGGAGGUUAUUGUGCCAAGGGGAAAGCCGAGGAGCCCCUCCCCCCCGGGCUGGUAGAGUCGUCGACGGUUCGAUAGGACGUACGUGAUACAAUCCACUGGGUGUAGCGACGUCGCGACGCGCUCACGGCGACGCAGGUAUAAGCCAUUUGCGAGAGGACGGGAAAUCCAAUAACGGAGGAGCCCCGCAUGCUCCACGCUGAGUAACGCAAUUCGGCCCGUAAGGUCGCCGGGCGAUCUCAUCUUUUCGCUGAUCAAAGGUGCGUCGCUCCCGUCAUCGUCGCGUGUUCGUUGAAAGAUAACCGAUGAUCGGCGAUCGGCCGGACGAAGACGCGCGAACGACGAGUGAAGCGUGAACGGAUUCAAUUGGGAAAAUUCAAUGAGCUCUAUGGUAUACCGAAGUGAGUCAUCAAGGAGUGAAGGUGUAGUAAAUGAUAUUCGUUGAAAAGGAUGCAUGUAUGCUGGAUAUAUCCUUAUCUUUUGUCAUAGCGCGAGGUGAAAAAUUUGGUGUUAAACUUAACGCAUUUCGCACCCAAGUGGCCUAUACAAAUUUUUGUAUUGAUUUAACAUAAGGUAAAUAUGUUGGAAAGUAAUAUACAAAUAUUAUGUCGAGAAUUAACAUAAACUUAAUAAUAAUAUCCGUAACAUGUUAACCGAUACUGAGGUGCAUAGGGAAAACUGUAUUCCGAUACUGUAGUAAAAAUUACCACAUAAUUUUGUAA